AUUUCCAAUGUACAUCACAGUCCAGGGAAUAACCCGUUCGAUGGUAGGUAUAUAAUAAAUCUCUGAGUAGAGGAUUCAUUUUAGAAGAGGUGAAUCAUGAAGUGCAUUGCAGUUUUCGUUGUUGUCAUCCUGGCUUUGGCCCAUGCUAGUGAGAGUGAUAGAGAGGAAGCAGAGAGGUACCACCUAGAAUGUCAAAAGGAUCCUGCCUCAAGGAUAGGUGAGGGGGCCGGUCCAAACUCCUUUGCCGCCCACACUCUCUGCGUAGGAGUCAAAAUGGGAACAUUCAAACCCAACGGAGACGUGGACGUAGAAGGACUCAGAAAGUUCCUGAUUCGCACCGGUGUAGACCCACUCAAAAUUGAUCGAAUCGUACACGAGUGCAGUAAAAGAAAUGGUGUUACUGCUGUAGAAGCCGCAAUGGGUAUGAUGGGAUGCCUUGCGAAGUGGACGGCAACAUAAUGAGAAUAUCACCUGUUACAGUCUUGGAAAUAAUGCGCAUAGUAUUUUUCUAAUAGCUAUCAUAUUGAGAAAAUUAUUUCUUUAUGAAAUAAAUAAUAUUCAAAACGA